UUUGCCCGAAUCUGUUCCGGCAUAGUGUAAAUUCGUAUCCCUCCGUGCCCGAUAAAUGACCCGCUACGUCCCGGCAGGAUUUGAAGAUUCGGAUGAGGAUGAUUUCGACGAGUUUGGAUUCAUUUCGAAUCCUUUCCCUAAGAAAUCAAAUGAACAGCAGAAACCGGAAGAGGAUUACGAAAAUCUGUUGCACAAUGCGCUAUGCGACGGAAAUUUGGAGGAAACGAAACGGAUUAUGCAACUGGACGCGUAUCGGCAGCGCUCGGGCGGUAGAAUGAUGUGCGGCGGAUGGCCCGUGAUAUUUUACGUCUGCCUCGAUGCAAACCGUGCCAUUCUGGAAUAUCUGUUGAAGGAGGAAAAAGUGGACGUGAAUCAAGCCCACAACAUGGAAACGGCCCUGAUGAAAGCCUGCCAAUCUUCAAAACCCACUGAUGAGGUCUAUCCCAUCGUUCGCUUGUUGUUAGAGGCCGGUGCACACAUCGAAGUAAUGGACCAGUAUGGUAACACUCCGCUUAUGUUUGCCUGCCAGCGUGGCCAUUUGUCGGUGGUGAAAGAAAUUGUGGACGAAUCGCCGUUAACAACCGUGGACAGAGAUGGAAACACGGCUCUGUUCCUUGCUGUAAUGAACAAUCAUUGCGACGUGGUGAAGGAGCUACUACGCGCAGGAGCUGAUUAUAACAUCGUGAAUCGCAAAAAAUUCACUCCCAGACAGUAUGCGACCUUCGAGAACAAUAUGGAGAUAGUAGCACUUUUCCCGGCGGAAGAAGAACCCUACGAGCUGCCCACCAAAUAUUUGGUUUUUUCGCACUGCCGGGAUCUGGUGCACGGUGACACAGAGGGGCAACCUCCGGAAUACUGUUGGGAAAUUGACGGAUUGCUAUUCGGUGCCGAUAGUGAAAAACUGAUGCCUUUUUUUGCGAAGAAAGACCUUGGUCUGUUUGAUUUCCUAACCAUGACCGAUGAUCGGCUGCGAGACAUUGGUAUUAAGUAUCCGAUCCAGCGCAAAAGGAUACUGUUGGCACUGUACGACUUUCAUCUGCAACCCUGGUCCAACAACAGUCUCGAUGUAUUGAGGGCUACUGGAACCGUCGACGCUUACGACGUCCUGGAGAUCUUGGGAAACUUGCUAAAACACGUCACUGUAUUACACAGCACGUUGUUGUACACGCAGCAACUUGUCGAUGGGCGAGAUGGUACGAAGGUUUUCGAGACUGUCACAAAAGCUUCAAACGUGCAGCAAGAUAUUCACCGUUUCAAGACGUUGGUUCGUUUGUUUCGGGCGCAGAUAUUAAAGCAGCACAAGGUGUCCUCUCCCAAGCCGGUGCUUCAAGUUGAGCCACAACCGAAGGGCGUCAAACGAUUCUCGAAGGCAUACAAAAUCGGAACUUGUUUACUUCUGCUGGGGUCUAUCGUAUUUUUUAAGUUAAAGAAAUAAAACAGCAUGCGACAAGCGAACCCGA